AAGAGAAUUGCAAAGACCUGCUAUAUUGUAGAUGAAAACAGAAUGUUAUUACGUUGUCUAUAUAUACCCUGUAGAACCGAAUUUGUGUGAUAUUCAUAUAGUCACAGAUUCGAUUCUAGGGGAAUAUAUGGUCGAUGCAAAAACUUCACCUUUCUGCAGAUGGUUAGAAGUUAAAAUACUGGCGGAAUCAAGAGGCAUGUGCGUGCUGAACACUCAGAAAUUAUAAAAGUUUUGCUGCCUCGCUCCUAUUCGCUAGGUUUUAGGACGUUUCUUAAAACUUCGGUUGUCGUUCAGUCCUAACUGUCACUGACAAUCUGUGAAUUUAAGCAGUUAAAUUCACCAGAACUUACAAAAUUUCUGGGAAAAAAAAAAAAAAAGAUAUUAUCUACCAAUCAGUGAAUGAGUCUUUUAUAAGAUACUCAUAAAUUAGCUAGAUAUGCCAGACGUUAGCAAAAUUUCCCUGUCAAGGGUCCAGAUCGCAUCAAAAUAUUUACGACAGCAGCAAAAGCAUCAUUCGCCUCGCUGGAAUGUAUUUACUUGUGCUCCAGGAAUGAUAUUGACGAAUGAAGACCGAAUUUAUCUCAUUAAACCCGUGAUAUUUUUAACCUAAUUAAAUGACGUCUCCAGUUCAAUUGAUUGAACUUUAGUGGUUAAAAGUGAACUCUUUCUUGCCAUCUGUAUGAUUUUAUGUACAUACACGUAUAGAUUUAUAAAUAUACCUUGGCGUUUGCGUCUGUGCACGCAUACGUAUGCACACGUAUAUUUUGAGGCUCGAAAGUGAAUGAGAAGUUACUGAUUGCCUAAUUUUAUUCAGCAGAACUAAAUUCUGGUAACUUUUGGAUGACCUCUGCUAGACAAAGACAGGACAGAUCUAUUGUACGUCAUAUUACCCUCGUCUUUGAUGGCUUUUCUUUUGCUCGCCUGCUUAUCAGUUUCUUCCCUUUUAACCCCGCUUCAGCUCAUCGCUCUGUAUAUUCCUUUCGAUUCUUUUUCUUAUUUUAUUUAAAGCGAGGUACCAAGCCCCGGUGGCGAUCCUGGCUAGUAGAUCGGACGGCAGGGCAGCAUCCCCCGGGGCUGGGGGAAGCCGGCUCAGACAAAAGGCUGUGGGCAGGGCAGCGGCCGCCGCCCCGGGGUACCCCCACACCUCCGGUACCUGGUUUGCGGGUGCGGCCCGCCGGAGAGGGGGGUCAUUCGGUUAGAGGGAUGUUAUUGAGUGGAAUCGCUGGAAAUGCGGGGAAAUGCGGCGGUGGGCGCCCGGCUCCCCAUUGGCCGGGCCGGUCACAUGCCCGCCUAACUUUAUUCAGUUGACAGCAAGUAGGAGGGCUCUAUGGCAGGGGAAAAAAAGACAACACGAGAAAAAUUAGUAUUUUCUACCUUCAGAAAUUAAUGGCCAUGAGUUCGUAUAUGGUGAACUCUAAGUAUGUGGAUCCCAAAUUUCCUCCUUGCGAGGAAUAUUUGCAGAAUAGCUACUUAGGCGAGCAGGGGGCCGAGUACUACAGUGCCUCGCAGGGCGCUGAUUUCCAGCACCAGGGACUCUACCCACGGUCAAACUACAGCGAGCAGCCCUUUAGCUGUAGCAAUGCCCAGGGCUCUGCCGGGCAGCCGCGGGGUCACGGACAGGAGCAAUCCGGCCCGGCGAGCCACUUCCCCGGCCCAGCAGAGCAUUGUCCACCGCCUCCAAUGUCCAACUCGCGAGCCUGCAGCCAGCAGCCGGCCCUCAAACCCCCAAACGGCUCCGCAGUUAAGCAGCCAGCAGUAGUUUAUCCCUGGAUGAAGAAAGUCCAUGUUAACUCGGUGAAUCCCAAUUACAACGGAGGGGAACCUAAACGCUCCCGCACAGCUUACACCAGACAGCAAGUCCUAGAACUGGAAAAAGAAUUUCAUUUUAACAGGUACCUGACCAGGCGCCGCCGUAUCGAGAUAGCCCACACUUUGUGUCUCUCUGAGCGCCAGAUCAAGAUCUGGUUUCAGAACAGAAGAAUGAAGUGGAAAAAAGAUCACAAACUGCCCAACACGAAGGGCAGAUCUUCUUCCUCUGGUUCAAACCCCCAUUUACAAACUGGUUCCAAGGACCAUCAGACUGACUUGACAACUUUGUAGAAGAGGUGAAAUUUUCCAUUUCAUCCUUCGCUUCUGACCAGUACUGUACAUAACUGACACUGCCCAAGCAGAACCUGCAUGUAGCAGCUAAGGACACGAGAAACUGUCAUCUUUCUUUAAGGUACUGUUGUACAAAGGAGACAAAAUGACGCUGCUUUGGACUUUAUUUUAUUUGCCUCUGCUAGCACAACCUAAAAAAGGAAAACAAAACAAAACAAAACAAAACAAAACAAAAAAAAAAA